AUUAGUUAAAAAAAAUAUUUAUAAAGUUUUAUUUAUUUAUUAGGUUUAAUUUUUAUUGGUGGUUAGAUGUCCAAUGUCCCAGUCACAGGCCUCAUUUUAUGACUUUGCUUGCUACAAACGAUGACAUUUAACGAGGUUAGGUAGUACAACAUAGUGCUUCUCGCUGAGUUUUUUUAUUUAAAAAUAUCGUCGUCUAGUCCGUUCAGAAAAUAUUAAAUUAUUAAUUUUAUUGCUAUUUAUUGUAAAUAAAGUCAAAGAUUAAAAUUAUUGCAUCAGUAAUAUGCCCGCGUAUUUCAUAUUCGAACCAAGUUGAGUUGUAAUUAUUGUUUACUUCUUAUUAUUAUUUUUAAAUUGUGAAUUAGAAACACUGCGACAGAGGUAUGAAUGGGACUACCAUGGAAAGACAUGGACAUGGCCAGGCAAACCAGAAGCUUCCUAGAAACUACAAAUUGAUAGUAGAUCCGUUAAUCAAAAAGGGGGCUACGGUAAAGAUAUAUAGGUACGAUGGAGUCAUACCAAAUGACACUUCUUACCCCCCUGUUAUACCAAGAGAUCCUAGGUCCAACUUGACAAGAAUAUGGGCUAGAUUGGAAACACUAGAUCUGCCAGUUCCUAGGUUCAAAAUCGAUCAAAACUAUGUUGGAGAACCUCCUACUAUCGAAGUCACAAUCUUUCAUCUCAAUGAUAAUAUUGAUACGCAUUUUCUUAGGGAUAUGUUACAGAAAUUUGGGGCAAUUGAGGAACUUUUUAUUUAUUAUCAUCCCGUAACCAGUAGGCAUCUAGGAAUAGGUAGAGCCAUAUUCGAAUCGGUCAAAAGUGCUAAGGCAUGCGUGGAAAAACUGAACAAUACCAGUGUUAUGGGCAAGAUAUUGGAAGUUUUUCUGGAUCCAUUUGGAGAAAAGUGCAAAGAAAAAUAUGAAGGAUUUACUACUGAAAAGAAGCCACCCCAACUUCCAUCGACUACAGAAACUACACCAAAAACCGAAGAAAAAACAAAAGUUGAUGGAGAUAAACCGUACGACCCAGCAGAUGACGAUUUUGAUGAGCCCUUUAAAAAGGUUAAAGACAAAGACGUAGAUAACAAACUGAGAGACAGGGAUAUUGAGAGAAGUAUAGAUAGAGAGAGGGAUAAGGAUAGGUAUAGCGGAGGAAGAAGUUAUCGUGGAGGAGAUUUCCCUACUCCUAGUAGCACUGAUAUGGGUUAUACUACCGGUCAAAGUUCAGAAUUUUCUACAAGUUUUGGAUCAGCAGGAACAACUCCGUUAAAUUUUGACUACCAUGCAACUAUACAGCCUCCUCCACUACCUAAUCACUUUCCCUUUGCCCCAUCUUACCAUCCGAUUCCCGCGCCCCCACCUACAGUUUGGCCAACUCCAGUCCCUACGUCUCAGUGGUCACAGGACAGUUGGGACAGAUCUCCGGCAAAACUACCCCCAGGAGCUUCUCUUAACAAAUGGUCGAGCUCCAGUAACGAGAAACACCACCACAGCAAGAACAAGGAGAGAGAUUAUAGAGACAGGGAUCGCGAUAGAGAUAAGGAAAAGGACAGGGAUAGGGACAGGAAGAGAGAUGGGGUGAAGAGGAACCACAAAGAAAACGAAAGGGAGAAAGAUAGGAAUGAACACGAAGAAAACAAGCCUCUUGAUCUCGACACCCGGAUAGCCCUUUUACUGAAGGAAAAGGGCUCUGGGGGUAUGGCACCUCCAUUUUUGAACUUCGGUCCUGACUCCGAUGACGAAUCAAAACCUACGGAAAAGUUGUUAAAACAAGUUCCUCUCAGCACGUCACUGAACAGCGAUGAUGAUGAUGAUAGGUCAAGUAUAUCGUUGAGCGAUAUGGCGAUCAAUCCACAAGCACCAGACCUGGAUUUUGUCUAUCCCAAAAAGGACGAAAACGCUCCCUUAUCAGAACCCCCUUCUCCCUUCCUAUCAAUGGAAAUUUAUUUGAACUGCCAUCAGUUGGCUCUAGAGCAGGCUGUCGUGGCGAAACAACGAGAAGCAUUAGAGACAACUGCUUUAUUGAAAAAGGUACACAUAGAAAUGAAUAAAAUAGGAAGUGAUAUAUCUUCAAGUGAAGACGAACUGUUGACAGGUGAAAGCAUUCAAAAUAACUACAGUCCCAUUGACAAGUCAGAUUUUAGGAGUGAAUUAGGAAUGAAUAAAAUGGAAAAGUUAUUCUAUUUCUUAAAGGACGACGACAGAAUGAGCUUAUCCUCGCUAAGUAGCAAUGAAAAAAUCGAGGAGGUUCAACCCGAACCCCCACCCCCACCCUUACCUCCUCAACCGCCAAAUCCACCACAUCCUACGACGGCCCCUCCCCCGCCCUUGCCAACGUUGCCGGGAAUAUUCCCUACCCACUAUCCACCAGGACUGCAACCCUAUCCGGGUUAUCCAGCGGCGCACUUUGCACCUUCAUUUCCGACACAUUUCCCUCCGCCGCCGCCAGCGUACGGACAACCGGACUGGCGAGCUUAUCCGUUCGGCGCACACCAGAUGUAUCUGCCGCCAUUGCAUUUUUCCCAGUUACCUCCUCUACAUCCAGCUCAGUUCAAUCCGUAUCAACUGCCUCCCAAGAAGCCAGAAAACACCAAAGAUGAUCCCCACGCAUCUACUAUUAAUACGGUGAUACAACAAGUUACGCAGGAACUGAAAAACAUCUUGAAGAGAGAUUUCAAUAAGAAGAUGGUGGAGUCUACUGCUUUCAACAGAUUUGAAGUUUGGUGGGAAGAAGAGAGUUGCAAGGAGAACAAAACUAAAGAUAAAGAAGAGCAACUAAUAGACAAAGCCCAGCUUAGUCGAGACAACAUCAACGUCCUCUUGGAGUCCACACGCGAGAACCUUUACAGUAGUCUCAAUAUUGAUUCUUCUGUUAGCCUCGGUUUUCUUACCGCGUUACCCAAAAUGCCCAGUUUUAGAAGAAAGAAAAUACCGUCACCAGUUCCUGAAGAUGGGGACGAACAGAAGGUAUCCGAUAGUGAAGAAAUUGUACACAAUUCGGAUUCCGAUGUAACCAGGAGGGAAAGAAAGACUUCAGUGAGUAGCACGAGCAGUUCUUCGAGUUCGUUUACUUCCUCUAGCGACAGUGAUAGCUCAGAUGAUAGCUCUUCGGAUUCCGAAGAUGAAGAAGAAGCAACUGACAGGCAAGUAUCUCCGAUGAGCACUUCCGGAACGGAUACGGCUCUUGAGGUCGAGACUGUCGGCAAAGAAGAUGCUAUUGUCAACGCAGAUGCUAUGGUCAAUGCAGAUGCUAGAAUCAGUGCAGAUGCUAGAGUCAACGCAGAUGCUGUCGUCAACACAGAUGCUAUUGUCCAUGCAGAUACGGUCCUAAAGGAUAUAAAGCAGGAUGUUACAGAUGAACUGAUGGAUGAGGAUAGUAUGUCACCACUCAGAGACGGUAUUGAACCAAUGAACAAGACACCCGAACCUAUGCAAAUUGAUUCAGACGAUUUGGCAGCUAGCCAGCAGCGAUCAUCAGAAACCAGUCCUAGAAAAUCGUUGAGCUACAUGGAUGACAGUGAUAGUGAUUUGAGCGAUACUGAGCGAUUGAUCUUGGAAAGGCGAAGGUUAAAUACCGAGUACAUGGAGCAAAUAGAGAAAGAAAGGCAAGAACUGAUGGGUCAAGAGGUCAAACACGUUGACUCCAGGAUUAGAAUUGAAGAAACUAGAGUUGUUGAAAAGAGGGAGAAAGAAACUAGAGUUGUUGAAAAGAAAGAGAUAAGAGUUGAAAGAAGAAGAUCUGUAGAAAAGGAUGUCAUGGACAAAAGUCUGGAAGAACUGGAAGCCGAGAGGGACGCUCUUCUGCAACAGGUCCGAAACCCCGAACCACCGCAAAGUAGACACGUCGAAGAGGUCAAAAUAUUCGAUGAAAAACCAAAGGAAAAAAUUGAAAUGGUUCAUGAAAGAGAAAUUGAUCAAUCAAUGAAAAAGAAGAGGGAUUUGAACGGAGAUGUAGUAACGGUGAAAACAAAACCCGAAAGUCCUACUGGACAGGAUAGUCCACAUAAGCAUGUAUUUAACGAGCACUCCUAUUGUAUACAAAGUUCAGAGAAAGAAACCGUCGAUCAGCCCCAGAAAGACCAGCCUGUACAACAACUUUCUGCUCAAAGUGCUCUUAACGAUCACGAGUAUCUUUCCAAGGAACAGAAAAUCGAGAAAGUUAAAAAGGAGAAACCUCCCAAGCCAAUUAAACCGAGGAAGCACAAGGAACAUAAAAAGUUACAAGAACUCCAAAAUAAACUCGCCUACGAGAGGCAGUUCGCUUGGGGUGGAAGUGAUCCAUACAGUUUCCAUAACGUACAGCAUAAACCAAGGGAUCAGCUGUCGGAGUUCUCAUUAAUGUUUGAAUUUUUAGCUAAAGGUAUUGAUAAAGAAGACGUGGAAUACAUUAAAAGAUCUUAUGAAGAACUGCUCUCAAAUGACGCAAUGAGCUAUUGGUUGAACGACACCCAUUGGGUCGACCACUGUAUGACCGAUCUCUAUUCUAGUCCCCCGAAACGGAGGAAAAAAGAUGAAAGAGUCCACGUCACGGGCAACGCAAGAACUGAGGGCUACUACAAACUGUCGGCACAUGAAAAGUCAAGAUAUAAAUAUCACCACGCGAAGUCGCAUGCUGUCAUCAGGUCUAGCACUGCAACGGUUACCAAACAAGGAUUAUCCCGAGAGGCUCGAUCCAAUCAAAGACGUUUGCUUGCUGCAUUCGGAGGAGAUACAGACUCGGACCUGCUCAAGUUCAACCAACUUAAAUUUAGAAAGAAGCAACUUAAGUUUGCCAAAUCGGCUAUCCACGAUUGGGGAUUAUUCGCUAUGGAACCCAUCGCUGCCGAUGAAAUGGUUAUUGAAUAUUGCGGGCAAAUGGUACGACCAUACAUGGCUGAUCUUAGAGAACAACAAUAUGAAGCUAAAGGAAUUGGAAGUUCAUAUUUGUUCAGGAUCGAUCUUGAAAAUAUUAUAGAUGCCACAAAAUGUGGUAAUUUAGCUCGGUUCAUCAACCACAGUUGUAAUCCCAACUGCUACGCCAAGAUUAUAACUAUAGAAUCACAGAAGAAAAUUGUGAUAUAUUCCAAACAGAGUAUAGGAGUCAACGAAGAAAUAACGUACGACUACAAAUUCCCCAUAGAAGAUGCGAAGAUAACGUGUCUAUGUGGGGCGCCACAGUGCAGAGGGACACUCAAUUAAAUCAUGUACUAUAGAGCUUUUAUUUAUAUUUUCAUUUAGCAGAUAGAUAAGUACGAGGGUUGUUCAUAAAAUAACGUUCCCCUAAUAUUACUUUUGAUUUUUACCUUUUUUCCUGCUUAAUUACUGUUAGGGUUAAUGUAUUUUUGCGAGAAGUGCAGCAGUUUUCUUAUACCGAAUCAUAGAAAUCUCUGUCAUAUUUCAACUUUCAUAAAACCGCCUUUCAUAAAAUGCAUUCCGCCCAAGUGUCUUCAAAUGGGUGAUCAUGAUAGUCGCUACCAUGGUGAGCUGUAUGCUGGUUACAUUUAAAUUUGGUAAAAUUACUGAUUAUCGAUGUUGAGGCGAGCCGUGUUGUCCUAAGAACCUACUCCCUUAGUCAGCAUUCUUCUUCUUUUUGCACUACAAAGUUUCGUCAAUGUUUAACAAUACUGUUCUCCGUUUACUGUUAUGGUGGUACGCAGGGUUUGUUACCCCCGAUGAUGGGUUUGAUUUGUUAAAACACUAUUUACCAGAAUAUAUUUAUUUAGAACACUAAAUACGACAGUAACUAGUUGGUGGACAACGUCUCUGAUCUAACCACGUCGAUGUAUUAAUAAUGAAUAAUCUCUUCUUUACUUUCUCCGUAUCUAUAAAUAAAUCGUAAUUGUUUUGUUUAGGUUUUACUACACCCGAAUGUGAUUGCUGACUUCGGGGUUUUCAAAACUACUGGCCUACAAAACCAAUGUCACCCAUUUACGUAAUGUAAACAAUACAUGUAAAUAAUAUUUGUUUAAGACUUUUUUUUUUAAUUAAAUCUUAUUUUUACAUUUUUUUGAUGCUAAUAUAAAUCCUGUACACUGUUGCCACGGUAUACACAAAUUCGUCGUUCUGUUCUAAGACACAGACGUCAUAUUUAUGACAACAGUUUAAUUUGUCGAAGUAAGUACUGUCAUGUACCCUAAACCCUCACUGUCCUUGUUAUUAGUAUUAUUCAUAUUUAUAACAACAUAAAAAUGAAUACAAUAAGUCAAAAAUCCAUCACAAAUCGUAUCGUAUUUUCCGGUUUCCACCAAAAUUUGAGAAAAGCUAUAUUAAAAUGGACUAAUUUUUGUUUAGAAAUGACAGGCGGUAACGAUAUGGUAACAUAGGGUAAAAGAGGCAAAUGAUAAAAAUAUAUAUGUUUUAAUAUUUAUUUUAUUCAAAACUUUAAAAAUGGCAAGAAAGGUACUUUACCAUUUAUUUGGAUUGAAAAACAGUCCGUCCUACUGAGCUACAAUUUUCACAUUAGCUUCUUUUAUUGUUCAGUGCAAAAAUAAAUUAAAUUACAUCUAAAUUAGAUAUAGAUUCAGAUUAAGUUCAAUGCAGCAUUAUGAAAAUGUUUCACUCUUAUAUUGUUUACUUAAAUGGUAUUCAAAUGAGGACGUUACUGAUUUAGAAUUUGUUUAUAUAGAUUAGGUACACUUGAGUCCAGGGUUCUUUACCCGUGCGUCAUUAAUACCUGGCGAGAUAAAACACAUACUUUUUAUCGAGCAUCAUUCUCUUCCACGCAUGAAACUCAUGACAAACCAGAUACCGCUUGUUAUUAAGUAAAGACACAUGCUUUUUUAUAAACGCUCUAGAGUCAGUACAUCGAAAAGAGAUAGGUACAAAAAAGACGCUUCGUGACGUUUUCAGACUUUAAGUACAAUUUUUGACGUUUCUGGAUUUGUUUACUUGUCACUGUCAGUUGGACUUUUUGCUGUUUUUUGUCCUGUUUUUGCAUUUAGAAAUUAUUUAUAUUAAACCAACAGCUGUUUUCACAACUAGUUUUAUAUUAGAGUUUGAAAUUUUAUGGUAAGUAUUUUAUUUUGAUAUUAAUUUACAUACAAAAUUAACUUCAUUCACGUUCUUAAGGGGUUUUGUUUAAAUUUUGUUUAAAUAACAAAAAGAAAAUAUUUUAUUUUCAAAUAUUUAUAUUAUAACAUGUAUUAAUUUUAAUAUCACUAAUGAGAUUUCCGAUUUAUUUCGUAUGUUUUAAAUGAUGACGCACGGGUAAAGAAUCAUGGAUUCUACAGUUGAGUCCCCGAGUCUUGACCCGUGCGUCAUCAUUUACAGCAUAUGAAAUAAGUCGGAAAUCUACUAAAUGCAACAGUAAGUGACAGAAAGUGGGUAUUAUUCCGAUCACGGGUUAUAGUAUAAAAUUUGACGUUAUCAAAUAAAUAGAAUGUCAAAUUUAAGUUUUGCUUUAACAUUUUGGUGCGUAAUUACAGCUACAUUUGAAAUAGCUUAAUAAAUUCUUUUAUUAUAAAUAAAUAAACAAUUUAUAAAAAAAAAUUCGAUAACUUAUUUUAUUUUUGUUAUUUUAUUCACUUUGGCGGAACAUUAAACACAAGCAUUCCUUAAAUAUGUCAACAAUGAGGUUAUUUGUACGUUGUCAAAAUUUAUCGUAAAAUAACAUAAACUUAUCAUAAAAUUUCUAACUCCAAUAUAAAAUUAGUUGUGAAAACAACUGUUUGUAUACUAUAAAAAACUUCAAAAUGCAAAAAUUCGACAAAAUAACAGCAAAAAAUUUAACAAACUGACAGCCACAAAAGUAAACAAACCAAAACGUCAGAAAUUGUACUUAAAAUAUGGGAAAACAUCCCCAAUCGUCUUUCUUUGUACCUAUCUCUUUUCAAUGCACUGAGUCUAGAUCGUUUAUAAAAAUAACAUAUGUUUUUACUUAAUAACAGGCGGCAGCUGGUUUGUCAUUAGUUUCAUGCGUGGAAGAGAAUGAUGCUAGAUAAAAAGUAUGUGUUUUAUCUCGCCAGGUAUUAAUGACGCACGGGUAAAGUCACGUGGACCCAACUGUAUGUGUUCUAAUAUUAAAUUCUUAGCAAGUUUUUAGUAACAAAAUUAACCAAAUAAUAUUGUUUAUGUUCUACAAAUGUGGUGAUUUUAAAUUAAAAAGUGUGAUGUAUUGGUGUGAUUAUAUGAUCACGCUGGUCAGAAAUUGGUUAAGUGACACAAAGUACUUAUACAUGAAAAGUAACCCCUUAUACAGUAAGCGCCACGCUACUAGAUACAUGGUAGGUACCUAAAUGUUAUGCUUAAGGUUUAAUCGGGUCCAUUCUCAGAUGGGACUCAUCCCUGUCAUGUUACUGCAAGAAACUAUUCAAAAUAAUUGUUUUUCCAUACAAAAAAUACAUUAAUUAUUAAUAGUAUUGUUACUCUGCUUUAAAAUAACUUUAUUCAAACACCAAGAAUAUUACAAUACUUUAAAACUUGUACAAUUUUAACAAAAUGACAUAUUUGUCAAAUACAGCUGGUCUAUUAUUUGUCAACUUUUUAUGUUAAUAUUCAGUUUCUAUAAAUUUUCUAGUUUCACUAGACAUAAAAAUAAACAUUGCAACAAGUGAAGUGUCCAGGACUGUAAUAGCUCAAUGUUCCUAUGUAUCUAGUAGGGUGGCGGUUACUGUAUAUCUCUUAUACAUAUAAACACCAAAUGAAAUUCCUAGGGGGGGCGCUUUUAGUAACAAAAACAUAGCUUUUAGUAAAAAACACCAACAUUGACUAAUUUACUAAAACCAAAGCAAAACAAAAUUCGGACAAAAUAAAAUACCCAUGAACACUGACAAGGAGCUAUAAUUAAAGAGCAUUGAAUACUAAAUUAAUACUAAUUAAUACUAUAUUAAUACUAAUUAUCAACAAAUUUAAUGUAAAUUACUGACUUCCUUGGGCUUGUUCUGCAGAGAAAAGUUGACCGAAACAGGGUGUAACUAGAACAUCAUAAUAUGUACACAUCCACAAUAAAUUUACCAGUUACAGAAGGACUGACUGAACUGUCUCGACUAAGACAAAGACUGGUUGGUCAGAGUCGGAACUGAGAAGAUGGAGAUGUAGGCAGACGAUCGAGAGUGUUUAAAAUAACUCAGAACUUCCCGCGAAAAGAGACAAUCUGUUCCGAACCGGUGUUGAACUUUUUGUCAAAAUGCUUAAGAUACAUUGUUAUUGCAUAUGAUAUAUAUUGUUAUUGUACGAGGGGGGGGCGGUGAAAAUACUUAUGGAAAAUUGGGUCGCAAAUGGUAAAAGGAUGAGAAACUCUGCAUUAAAUAUCAAUCAUAGACACAGAUUUUAUGUUCAAACUUAUGGAGGUGUAAGUAUAUCCUGACUAAUUAAAUUCUUAUCGAUUUUUGCAUAUUGUUGAAGGAUUUUACAGGCCACCACAAUACAAUUGUGAUCUUCAGUUCGGGUUCAGAUCAGGUUUAUUCAACAUAGUGACCUUAUUUUAUGAACAAGCCUCUCAUGUUCACUAACCCUAGUCAUAAUUUUUCGUAUAUUCAUAAAACAGACAUUGAGAUUGUGAUAGAUACAAUUAUCCAUCCAGAAGCAUGUUCAGAAAAUGUGUUCUUUAAAAAAGUACUAUGAGUUUAGUAAUCGUUUUAACAUUGUCAUUAUUUUAGAAUCAACUGAUAGCUCAAGAACUGACGAUUUGAAAAGAAAAUGGUUCCUGUGGUGUUAUUGGGGUAUGUCAUCUAUGACUAGGUUAUUAAUGACUGGGUAAUUUAUCAAGAAUUUUUUUGUGUACAUCCCACUUUAUAGUGGUGAAAAAGUGCGGAAACCACGUGUUUCCAAAUAUUUUGGCAUUUAUCUCUCGAAAACAAUCGAUUUUAGGUAAAAAUGUUGCAUGACAUGAAAAUGAAAUUAAAUUUCCUGUAAGAUGGAUAUAUUGCCGAAUUCAAGUCUUGCGCAUGGUGGGAAUUGUGACAUGCAAAUAAAAAUGGUUUUAAAAAUUUUAGUUGGACAUAACUUAUAUAACACCAUAAAACUAAUAUUAAGAUUUGUAACCGCACAUAAUUAUUCUUUUAUGAUAUAAUAGCCCGGGAGGUAGUGUCAAAUUUAACAUGGCUGUUUUCUUUUUAUUUAGUUAGGUGUUCCAAAGGUUAUUAACAAAUGAUGUAUCAGCUGGCCCAAAACCGGGGAUUUUAGCCAGGAAAAUGUAAAAUGUGAAACUUGAUGGAAAAACGCUACAACUUAUAUGUCAAAUAUUUAUCUCCGUGACUUACGUGUAUAUUAGCCAAGAAUACAUAGCUACUGGCUUUUGCCCAGACAAUUCGGGUUCAAUUCCUGGUCCUGAAAAUCUUUUUUGUUUUUAAAAUUGACAUUUUGAUUUGAAAAAUAAUUAUUUUUGAUAAUACCACGUUUUUAUUAUUUAUACGACACAAUAUUAAAAAGUCUGUAUGUCUUUUACAGAAUCGUAAACUUUGCAUUUGAUCAUAUAUAUUCAGCUGACGCAUUUUUCUUACAAUCUAAAAUUCAUAAAUUAAUGAUUUAUACUUUUUAAUCUUUGCCAAACUACAUAAUUCAAGAAUAUUUUUUUAUUAUUAACUAGCUGACCCGGCAAAUUUCGUACCGCCUUAGAACUAACAAAUAAUGUUUAAAAGUUAAAUACCUAAAAAUUACCAGAAAGCCAAAAAGUAAUAAACUAAUAAACAAUAUUGUUUUUGUGGUGUCUGCGUAAAUAAUGAUUACUUAGAUUGGUCGUAUUAACUCAGAAACCUUCUCGGGUUCAUGUACAACAACUUUGCUUGAGGUCAUCAUAUGAUCAAAUGCAUAGUUUACGAUUCGAUAAGGGACAUACAGACAAACAUUCAUUUUUAUAUAUUAUAGAGAACAAGGAAAUAUGUAGAUUAAUAAGGGGUUGGUGAUAGAAAAGUGGAAAAUUAGGGUCCAAAAAAAUAAAAAAAGAACGCCGGGGGAGGGGGGGCAACACCCUUUUUUCACUUAGAUUGGUCGUACUAACUAAGGAAGCUUUAGGGGAUUAUGUACAACAACUUUGUUUAUUAAGGAGGUCAAUCAUAAUAAUAUUAUGAUAUUAUCAUAUUAUGAUCAAAUGCAUAGUUUACGAUUCUAUAAAAGACAUACAGACUUUUUUAUAUUGUGUCGUAUAAAUAAUAAAAACGUGGAAUUAUCAAAAAAUAAUUAUUUUUCAAAACAAAAUGUCAAUUUUAAAAACAAAAAAGAUUUUCAGGGCCAGGAAUUGAACCCGAGUCGUCUGGGUAAAAGCCAGUAGCUAGGUAUUCUUGGUUAUUAUACACGUAAGUCACGGAGAUAAAUAUUUGACAUAUAAGUUUAAACGUUUUUCCAUCAAGUUUCACAUUUUACCUUUUCUUGCCUAAAAUCCCCGGUUUUGGGCAGCUGACGCAUCAUUUGUUAAUAAGCUUUGGAACACCUAACUAAAUAAAAAUAAAAUAGCCAUGCUAAAAUGCUCCGGUUAAAUUUGACACUACCUCUCGGGCUGUAACCUAAUAUGUGCAAAACUGGAUCUGCAUGUUUGCAAUAUUUUGAAAAAAGUGGAAUUUAUUUUAAAAAGUUUGUUUAUCAGUAAAUUUAGCAGGAAAUGUUAAAAAUAGCUGGAGACUCCAUUAAAAUAUUUUUUAUAGGUAAUUUUAUCUAGUUUUAAAAACCAUAGUAAAAUUUUUAUUCACAGUGAUCGCCGCUAGAGAGCAGAAAUCAAUUUACAUUUUUUUUUGUGGUCCAUAUCUUUUUUGCAUAAUAGUUAGAAUUUUGCAAAUUAAUAUGCUUUUAUCGUCUAUAAAUAAUGUUCAUGUAGACAUUGGAAAUGGGUCGUUUAAAGUUGUAAAUAUUAUACAAAAAUAAAACUUGCAUAAAAAACAUUUCAACAGAGUCGAUAUCAUAUCUAGUUAUUGUCAAUGUUACAGGUAUCAACGUUUCUUAAAUAAUUGCCAUUUUUAAUUGCAAACAUACAGAUUAACUCUACAUAAAUUAGGUUACAGCAUAAAGAUAAAUAUUUUUUUUGCAGUUACAAAUCUCCAUAAUAAUAUCUGGUAUUUAUAGUUAUAAACAAUUAAAAAACUAAAAAAAUUGGAAAAAAUCCUUUGUAAAAGGUAUAAAAUUUUUAUUAAAAAUCCCUUUAAGGGCUACAUCACAACAAAACGUUUUCGAUUUUAUAAAAAAUCAUCAUCAGUGAUAGACAGAUUGUAUGCCAGCUGAGCCACCAAAGAAAUAUUCGGGUAGAAACCCUUUAAAUAUUAUAUGGAUGCAUUAAAGGUGCAUACUUAUAUAAAAUGCCUUAGGAUGGAUACAUAGGAUAGCAACAAGGAUAAGUCCCUUAGGUAACGUAUUGAAUUUCUAACACGUGGGGUGCAAAUUGAGUUGUUUACAUUACAAUGACUUAAUGUUAUUAUCCUUGUUGCUAUGUAUCCAUAUAAUGUUUAUAGGGUUUAAAGGGCUCAGCUGGCAUCCAAUCUGUCUAACACUGAUGAUGAUUUUUUAUAAAAUCGAAAACGUUUUGUUGUGAUGCAGCCUUUAAAGGGAUUUUUUAAUUAAAAAACGAUAUAAUGGCUAGUAAUUUCUAACCUAACGAAAUAAUAGCGUUCUAAAAAAAUACUUAUGAUUUACAAUUUGUCAUAAUAAAUUUGACCUAUUAUUGUAUAUCAAUUAUUUUAUGUUUUAAAUGCUUUAAAAAUAAUAUAUGAUUAUAUUUGGCAACAUUUUUGUAUGUUUAAUACAACAUGUAUUACAAUACGUGUAUAUAUACGAAUAUUUUUUCUGACAACCAAAAUAAUAAUAUUCGCUUUUGUAGAAUUACUGGUAGGCGCUCUAUUAAUGUGUAUAUUAAGAUAUGGAGGAUUCUCAGUGAUGGAACAGAUUCUAUAUCCAUUCUAGUCAAAUUGGGGAUUACCCUAGUGGCCAAAGAUCUGGUAACUUUACAAAAAUUUUAGUUUUGUUAGCAGCACUCAUCUCGAUGAAACUUGUUGCAUUCGAUUCGUAAAAGCCUUAGGAAACUUUGUGAACUAAAGUGAUGAUGACGAAAUAAAAAUUGCAUUAUUGAACAAGGAAAAUGCAUUUUCGGAAAUGCAUUUCGAAGUGUUAAAAAAUGAUAAAUUUGUAAUUCGGAAAUAAUUGACACAAAUUAGUUCAGUAUUACUAUUCGGAACGAUGAAUACGAAUAUCAUGACGACGAUGGUCUUCGAUACACCAGGUGCCUCGGAGACACCAUGAUAUUGAACUCAUAUAUGUCAAUUAUUUCCGAAUUACAAAUUUACCAUUUUUCAACACUUCGAAAUUCAUUUCGGAAAAUGCAUUUUCCUUGUUCAAUAAUGCAAUUUUCAUUUCGUCAUCAUCACUUUAGUUCACAAAGUUUCCUAAGGCUUUUACGAAUCGAAUGCUACAAGUUUCAUCGUGAUGAAUGCUGCCUACAAAACUAAAAUUUUUGUAAAGUUUCCAGAAUUUUGGCCACUAGUGUAACUAUUCUGUCAACCAUUUUUCGUAAUUUUCUGCAUUCAUGUUAUCAUCUCCCGACUUGGCACCUGGUGUAAAAAUGUGUGAUAAAUAACCUACUUCCUUUGAAAUAUUUUUGAACAAUCCUUUACUGCUAUCAAUACACUUGGCUUAUCUUCAAAUUCUAUUCUAUUAUUUAAUAUUGCCUAAAUACUUAAGACGUAGUCAUUUAAAUUCCAAAUCGUUUUUAAUCCUGUAGAGUUCUGAAGCUAUUUCUUUUUGGCAUAUUAUGCAAUUUACUAUUUUAUUGGGAAAUAAGCCACAAUUUAAGUUGAAAAUAAAUCUUAUUGACGUUUCGACAUGUCGGAAAUCGUUAUCGAAAUACAAAAUAUUAAUGAAUUAAGUGAAAGUCGAAACGUCAAUAAAAUUCAUUUUCAACUUAAUUGUGGCUUAUUUUCCAAUCAAAUUCGCUUUGUUGAAUUAUCUUCCCUACUAUGCGUACAGAUAUUGGAGUAGUUCCGUUCACACGUUAUUUAAUAUUGGUUCGAUUAUCUUCAGGAAAAAGCGUUUGUAUACAUUUAAAUACUUUCCCUUUGACACCGAAAAUUAACAGUCUCCAUUCUAUAAAAUAGUUUCUAGUACUCGCAUUCGAAGCUUUUUUGUAUGAGACUGAAACACAAGGAAACUGAAUUACAAACUCGUUUCAAAUCCAGUGGUUAGAAAUUCUUAGGAAAAUGUGGAAAAGUGGAAAAUAAUUCUUAUCAGUUUUUUAUGUCUCUAAUGAUUAUAUCAUUGCGAUUUUAAAGAUAAAAUAAUAUUUGUAAAAUCAAAUCUCAUUUAUUCUUUAUGUGAGUAAUACAUACUAUAAUUUGCGGUUUCAAAUAUAAAAUACCUAUUCUUAAUUUUUUUUAAUAUCGCUAUGUCACUUAAUAGUUGUUUUUAUUGUAUAAAAUAUGUCAUGAAACUGCUCGCUACUGCCUUUAAAACAAACUGUACAUGAACAAUUAGUAAAAAUUAUUUCUCGGUAUUUUCUUUUUUGAGUCGUAAGUUCUUGGUCUAUCAUGAAAUAUAAAUAUACUUAUCUACAUGCUAAAUAGUGUACAUUUUGAAGUGAACUCCCUAUACUUUCUGGAGAAAAAGGAACUAUAUUUAUUUUAUGCCGAAAGAAAUUCUGAAACAAACUCAGUUCAUUAAAUUGCAGGUAAUUUUUUGUCGUACGUUUACGUUUAUAUAUUAAACAGAGAAUGCUUGUACUUUCUGUACAUAAUUAUAAUUGAUUCGACAUAAUGGACAUGUCAUUUUCUUCAGCUAUAUAUUUUGUUGGAAAAAAGUGAACAUGUAAUUUGCAGUUUCACAAAACUUGCGUUUAUUUAGUACAUAGCUAAUGAAUCUUCGGUAUUGAUAUCUUCGGUACUCUUCCUGCGUCUUUUUGGUACAUGCGAUCCGCAUUUAUAUGUUGUUUCUAGAGUCAAAUCUACGAAGUCGAAGAAAAAAGAGCAUAAUAUAAAAAUGUAUAAACAUUUUCAAUUUCUUUGCAACACGAAAAUGCAGCAGCUGCAUAAUACUCUGGUUAAGUCGGAGAGUACAGGAAGAGUCUAUACCGGUUUCGGAGGUCUUUUCCCCCUCAUCAGUAGUCUCAUAUCCUCUUCUCCCCGAUUUAUCCACGUAUCAUACUUUGAGCCUUUCCGAAUUGCAAAGAAAGAAAUAUCACGGAUGAACUAGAGCCAUCUACCGAAAAACAAAGUAAGUUAUCAAUCGAAGUAGCACAGAAAACGACAAUAAAUGUCUUUCCCAUACCACAAGAUUGACAACAGGUGGAAUACUUUCUUUGGUUACACCUCCUGAGAUUUUCAAAAUUUAUAUUUAUCCUGAGAGAGAGAGAGACAGACAGAGAGAGAGAGAAAAGAGAGAGAGAAGAGAGAGAGAGAGAAUCUCUCAUCUUAAUUUCCUCGGCAUCCUGUUUGAUUUAUAAAUUUUGAAAAUCUCAGGAGCUGUAACCAAAGAAAGUAUUCCACCUGUUGUCAAUCUGGUGGUAUGGGAACGACAUUUAUUGUCUUUUUCUGUGCUACUUCGAUUGAUAACUUACUUAGCAUAAUAUAACUUCACGAUCACGCUCUUCCCUCUAUCUACCACUCUAUAUCUUUUAUCUAAAUGGUCCCACUCAAUAGGUAACAAUUCUUGCAGUUGUUAAAGCUUAGUUGCCAUCAAAUUUGAUUCUAGUGUAACGAUUAUCCCAUAAAUUUUCAAUAGGUUUUAAAUCCGGGCCCCGAGCGAGCCAGUGUGGCCAUAUAAUGAACGGCAUGUUGUGGUUUUAAAGUCUAUCAAUAUACGAAAACCUGGCCAAAUCAGAUUAAACAUAUUUAUUAAACUAAUUUGGCUCCCAAGUGCCGCAAUUUUGUAUCUCUAUUGUGACACUUUACAUAUUAAAUGAAUAUUUAGUCAAUGAAUAUGUCUAUAACGGUUCAUUAGCUAAUCAUCAAAAUAACUAGGCUUUGUGAAUCUGAUCAAAAAUUAUGUUUAUGGUGAAAAAAAAAGUUUUCAAUAAUUGUGAAUAAUUUAUAAAGUAGGUAAUUUUGAAGUGGACUUUUUAAAUUGUUAGAAUAAUUGUAAUGUUAAGAGUGUAUGAUAUCUUGAGCGGAGAUUUGUGAACUAUUAAUAUUAUUUUUUUUAUUUGUGUGUAAAUAUUGCAUUGUACAUAUUAGUAUACUUAUUGUUAAUAUUGUUUUUAAUUAAAAAAAAUUGAAAAAGGAAAUGAAAUAAAAAAAUGUAUGUAAA